CGCCAGGCACAGGUACAGUCAGUCAGUUAACUUUACCGUUAACCACGCUGGUUCUUUACAUUCGAUAUACUCAGUUAGUUUAUAAGACUCGAACGAGCUGGAACAACAGUUUUUUUGGCAUCCUUGGCCAAAAAGCAACGCGCUUGUUCCGUGUGCAACGAACACACACUCACACACACACACACAGAUACACACACGCACACUUAGCUUAGGCCAUGCCCAUACACUGGGACUGGGACUGGGAGCACGAGCCGCACGAUCACGAGCAUGUGGGCCCGCAUUAUCACUGGCAACCAGCGCGUCGGCAUUGGUCCACCGGCGAGUCCAAGUGCCGCUCGCGUCGCUACUAUCUCUCGCAUGAGAUGGACGUGUGUGCGCGCGAGUUCCAUAUGCGCGUGGAUGAGAGCGCCUGGUGCCAUGGCUCCUGCCUGGUGGGACGUGUCGUCAUAGAAACUGGCACGGAACCGGACUCGCUGGGCCGUGGCACCUUCAAGGUGGUGCUGGAUGUGCAUCACUUUCAGCUGGCGGAGCUCACGGUUAAGGCCAAGAACAGCGACACGAUCUGUGUGGAGGGCAAGCAGUCGGACGAGCGGGCGGACACGGCCCAGUUGUGCAUCACGCGUGAGUUUACGCGCUGCUACAAGCUGCCGCGGCACUAUGACGCGACACUGGCUCGUGCCACAUUCUCGGCGGAUGGCAUACUCAUGGUGACGGUGCCAGCACCACCCAAACUGGACGAUGUGGAGCGCGUGGUGGAAAUCGAGCCCACCGGCAAUUACUUUGGCAGCAUUGCGGAUCCCUCGGCGGCCAAGGCCAUCGAGCAGGCCAACAAUUCAGCUCCAGCUGAUGGUGAACAGGCGAAUCCUGCUGGCACAGCGACGGACAAAUGAAGCUGGCGACGUCUGGCGGUUGCGCGUCUCUGCAAGUGGUGCAAACACUUCAAGUGGCAGCAGCUUCAGCAGCAGCGCGUCAAGACCGCCAGAGGCAGUCGCUUGGCUUGAAAGUGGAUUUUUAAUCGAUGAGUAGCUGCAGGCAAAAAUCUAGAGUAGCCCAUGGUAGUAGUUUCAACUUAAAGCAAUUGUUUAGUACGUUCCUGUUCCAACACUUAGUAAAUCUUGUUGCUCCAAAUCAAAUAUGACAAUUAUCUCUAUCUACGACUAUAACUAUAUAUAAACUUAUUAAGCGACGCAUGUAUUUGCUUUAAAUGCUAAUAAAGGACUUUAUCAUAAGCACAGCA